UGUCAGCCUUUGAGGUUGGCCACGUGGCAGCUAGCUCAAGUUGCUAUCACUUUGUAGAGCAAGGGCGGCUACAAUGAACGGCGGACAAGGACCGCUGAUUUCGACAAUCAUAAUUCCCAACCAGAAUGCGAAGGGUGGAAGGCCAUGUGAUUGUGAGAUGCGGGAUGGCAAACCCUACUGUAUCUUGCAGCUCUUCCUUUUCUUUUCCUUCAUUAGUGCUUUAAAAUGACUCAUUGUUGUAUAGCUGGGAAUGCAAAUGGAUGUCCAAACGUCAUCAUCUCGUUUUCAGCAGCACAUUCCGGAAGACCUUCAUCCGCCAAAAGAUUGGGCAAGCAGUUCCGGAUACAAUCGUGUGACAGGAGGUACUCCUACGGCUCCCUGGCUGUAAGGCUUUUUGGUCCACCAACAAGAUUUGAGGCUUCAAAACUUAAAGUGGUUUUUGUUGGAGAUGAUAUGGAGAAGCAGGCUUUGAGCAGUGCUGCUAGAGCAUAUACUCUGACACAUUGUGACUUCACAGCAAAUUUAACUCUGGAAAUCUCAAACAACAUAAACCAUAGCAAGGUAAGAGAGUGGCAAAUGGCUCUGUGGAAAGAUGAUGUUGUGGUCGAGUGGAAGAUCAUAAAAGAUGAAUUUUCGCUGCAUGUUCAUUGCUUCGUCAGUGGGGCCAAUAUUCUGCAAGAACUAGCUGCUGAUAUUCGGUACCAUAUUUUCUCCAAAGAGCUCCCAUUGGUGAUCACCCAUAAGUACUUUUUUCAUAAUACAUUCUUACUAGCAGAGGUUCUCCAAGCUGUUGUGCAUGGAGAUUCUGCUUUGUUCGUUCACCAACCUGAAUUGAUGGAUUCUAUGGUUUGGGUGCACUUCCAUUCAAAAUCAAAAAAAUACAACCGCACUGAGUGCUGGGGUCCUCUCAAGGAUGCCAUUCAGAGAACCUUGGUGGAUGGAUCUGAUGACAUCCGAAAGAAGAUCUGCAACAGCAUUGUGAAGUGGACAUGUCCUGAAGUUUUCUUCCAUGCCUUCGUUACCAUUCUACUUUAAUGUGUUGGAAUUCAACAACAAAUAUCCAAUCAUUUACCAAAACUCCAUUCUUAAAAUCCGUUUUCUUGAUUUGUCUACAACUAGUAUCAAGUUGUUAUUAACAUUCAUUGUGAAAGCUUCAUAUGCGAUUGAUUGGUGCUUU